CGCCGAUCAGAGUCACUCAGUCGGCUGGACUCGGAGGUCCUAUUUCUAUCCGUGUGCGUUCGGGCGUCGGGGUAAGGCUGGCGGACUUGGCCUGGGUAAAGACCAGCCAUAAAAAGCUGUGAAACAAAAGAAAUUAUUCUCUUCAAAUAAAAGACAGCCAAGAUCCAUGAGUGGGCAUCGGUCAACAAGGAAGCGAUGUGGAGACCCUCACCCGGAGUCCCCUGCGGGCUUCGGGCAUAUGGGUACUCCAGGGUGCGUGUUAAAUAAAUUGUUCCAGUUACCCACACCACCGCUGUCAAGACACCAGCUAAAGCGGCUAGAAGAACACAGAUAUCAGAGUGCUGGACGGUCCCUGCUUGAGCCCUUAAUGCAGGGGUAUUGGGAAUGGCUUGUUGGAAGAGUUCCCUCCUGGAUUGCCCCAAAUCUCAUCACCAUCAUUGGGUUGUCCAUAAACAUCUGUACAACUAUUUUAUUAGUCUUCUACUGUCCCACAGCCACAGAGCAGGCACCUCUGUGGGCGUAUAUUGCUUGCGCGUGUGGCCUUUUCAUUUACCAGUCUUUGGACGCUAUAGAUGGGAAACAGGCAAGAAGAACCAAUAGUAGUUCUCCUUUGGGAGAACUUUUUGAUCAUGGUUGUGAUUCACUAUCAACAGUUUUUGUGGUUCUUGGAACUUGUAUUGCAGUGCAGCUGGGGACAAAUCCUGAUUGGAUGUUUUUUUGUUGUUUUGCGGGAACAUUCAUGUUCUAUUGUGCACACUGGCAAACAUAUGUUUCUGGAACAUUGAGAUUUGGAAUAAUUGAUGUGACUGAAGUGCAAAUCUUCAUAAUAAUCAUGCAUUUGCUGGCAGUGAUUGGAGGACCACCUUUUUGGCAAUCUAUGAUUCCAGUGCUGAAUAUCCAAAUGAAAAUUUUUCCUGCACUCUGUACUGUAGCAGGGACCAUAUUUUCCUGUACAAAUUACUUCCGGGUGAUCUUCACAGGUGGUGUUGGAAAAAAUGGAUCAACGAUAGCAGGAACAAGCGUCCUUUCUCCUUUUCUCCAUAUUGGAUCAGUGAUCACAUUAGCUGCAAUGAUCUACAAGAAAUCAGCAGUUCAGCUUUUUGAAAAGCACCCCUGUCUUUAUAUACUGACGUUUGGUUUUGUGUCUGCUAAAAUCACUAAUAAGCUUGUGGUGGCACACAUGACUAAAAGUGAAAUGCAUUUGCAUGACACAGCAUUCAUAGGCCCAGCACUUUUAUUUCUGGACCAAUAUUUUAACAGCUUUAUUGAUGAAUAUAUUGUACUUUGGAUUGCCCUGGUCUUCUCUUUCUUUGAUUUGAUCCGCUACUGUGUCAGUGUUUGCAAUCAGAUUGCGUCUCACCUGCACAUACACGUCUUCAGAAUCAAGGUCUCUACAGCUCAUUCUAAUCAUCAUUAAUGACAUACUUGAUUCUACAGGAAACUCACGUUUUCUGCAGGAAAGAAUCCGAACAUAUUAAGGAGAAUGGGGUGGAUAAGAACAAAUAUAAUUUAUAAUAAUCAAUGUUGUAUAACUUUUCUUUGUUAUUGGUAACACUCCUUAAUUAUCCUGUGUGAGAAUGGGAAUUUCAAGUCCCAUCCUGUAAUUGUACAUGUUGUCAUACAGGGUUUGGCCCAAGGAAGCAUGCAGGAAAAAUUGCCAUGUGUUUGUAAUUAUCCUGGAUUCAGAAUAAAAUUGUCCUGGGGAGCAGCUUCCCAGUGGUGGAGAUUUCUCAUGUAGAAUUUCUCAUGCAGGCCAAAAGAUGGUUGCUUUAUAAUUUUAACAAAUCAUCAUCUUUUAGUGACAUCCUUGUUUAGUCUCUUCUCAAGCUUUCUUUACUAAGGAGCUCGGCUUGUGGCACAGAUAUAUCCCGCUGGCUUGUGCGAUGGAAUUAGUGAUAAAGGCCUUGAAUUUGAACUGAAAGGUUUCCUAUCUUUACAUUGCUGAGGACGUAAUUUUUUUUAUUGCUCAAGAAAUGGUUUCUCUCAUGGGCUUGGGAAAUCCUGUUAGCAUGCAGAAUAAUGUGGUAACUUUGUUGAUCCAUUUUAUUUUUUUAAAUAAAUAUAUGACCUGAAAGCCA